CAGCAUCCUUGAACACACUGAAAAUCAAAAACCAACUCAAAAAAAGUAUACCCUCUUUCCACUUUAUUGUUUCUUCCUAAAAAAUGAACUAAAUUUAGGGUUUCUUCUGUUCUUGUUAAGUAGUACUAUAUAUAUAUAUAUAUAAUUAUAUAUCAAGAAUCAAGAAGAAGAAGAAGAAGAAAGGGUAAAAGAAAAUGGGGAGAGGAAGGGUUCAGUUGAAGCGGAUCGAGAACAAGAUUAGUCGGCAAGUGACGUUUUCGAAGCGUCGAUCCGGGUUGUUGAAGAAAGCUCACGAGAUCUCCGUUUUAUGUGAUGCUGAUGUUGCUUUGAUUGUCUUCUCUACGAAAGGAAAGCUCUUUGAGUAUUCCACUGAUUCCAGUAUGGAAAGUAUUCUGGAAAGAUACGAGAGAUACUCUUAUGCAGAGCAACGUCUUAUUGCAUCUGACUCUGAUUCACAGGUAAGCUGGUCUCUGGAAUACCGGAAACUCAUGGCCAAGAAUGAAGUUCUGCAAAGGAACAUAAGGCACUAUGUGGGAGAAGAUCUUGAUCCGAUGAGCCUGAGAGAGCUUGAAAGUUUGGAGCAGCAGAUAGACACUGCCCUCAAGCGUAUACGAACAAGAAAGAACCAGCUUAUGCGCGAAUCCAUAUCAGAGCUGCAGAAAAGGGAAAAGGCAUUGCAGGAGCAAAACAACUUGCUAUCAAAGAAGCUGAAGGAGAAUGAGAAGACACUGGCUGCGCGUGCACAGUGGGAGCAACAAGGCCUGGACCAAAACUCACCCACUUUUAUGUUGCCACAACCACAAUCACUACCCCUUCCUUCUCUUACUAUUGGCGGCAAUUUCCAGGCAAGAGGAGGGGCUACAAGCGAAGAGGACGGACCGACUCAAGGUCGCCGUGGUUCGAAUUCACUCAUGCCACCUUGGAUGAUCCGGCAUGUGACUCAUUAAGUUACAGGAGAACCUAUCCAGCUAUUGAUCGAGUUAAUUUUAAAUGGUAUGUUGUGGAAGAAAUCAUCACUAGAACCUACUUUCUAUAUUUAUUGUACAAUAUUAUACAUUCACUGGAAAUCCAGUGCUGCUUUGUAUGCUUCAUAAACAGAGAGAGAGAGAGAGGGGAGAGAGAGUGAGCCUUUCUUGUUUGUAUGUGCAUGGUUUAUGAACAUCAUACCAACAUUAAUUCAUCCCUUAAUAUUCCUCUUUUUCAGUUUAUGCAUCAAGUCGAACACGAGUACUUUUUCAAGUGUGUAGCUUCAUCAUUCUUACUAGUCAAAUUAUUUUA